GGCGGGUGUCGCGAGCGUUGCAAAGCGGUGAAGGGUACCACGAACGGAAAGCACGGUCGUGGCGCUAGGCGGGCGUAGGCGAGGUUCCGUGACGGCCGUUCGGUGGCGCAGCAGGAAUUCCCAGCACGGCAGGCACCGGGUUGGUCAGCUACGUGGUGUUCGUGCGCUCUCUCUAUCGGUGUGUAUAUGCGCGAUUUGCCCCGAGUCCGCGCCUCGACUUGAUGACAUGGCGUCCUAGCGCUGCACGGGCGAAGUCGUACGUCCUCGGUGGAGAGGCUCUCACCCCGUCGUCGAAUCAGCCGCAUCCCAGGAUGCCAAGAUCAUGUGAAGGAAGGAUAUGAUAAACUGUGGCCGAUGAAGAGAAGAGCACGAGCAAGAGCACGAGCAGGAGCACGAGCAAAAGCAAGCGGCUUCGUCGAGGAAGGUGAGAAAAAGCGACGACGAGGCGGCAACAGCAAUACCAAUAAAAAGAUCAACACUAGAUCUGAUGUUAGCGGACAUUAACGGUAACUUGGCGGAUCUGAGAAGUGAAGCGAUGGCGUCGCAGAGAUUUUGUCUGCGCUGGAAUAAUCAUCAAAGUAAUCUACUCUCCGUUUUCGAUCAACUACUCCAUGACGAGUCGUUCGUCGAUGUUACGCUGGCCGUCGAGGGUCAGUUACUCAGGGCACAUAAGAUGGUGCUGUCGGCGUGUAGUCCCUAUUUUCAGGCCCUUUUCGUUGGACACCCCGACAAGCACCCGAUAGUCAUUCUUAAAGAUGUCCCCUACGUGGAUAUGCGCAGUCUUUUGGAUUUCAUGUAUCGUGGGGAGGUCAGCGUCGACCAGGAUAGGCUAACCGCUUUCUUGAGAGUCGCUGAGUCUCUUAGGAUAAAGGGCCUGACCGAGGUAAACGAGGACAAGUGUGACUUGCCUAGUAUUACCUCUUCGUUGCUUGGCAAUCAAAACACAGUACCUCCACCACCACCGAAUCUACAUAGAAUAAACCAAAUCGGGCCUCACCACCAUGUCUCGCAAAAGAGAAUGCACCAUAUGUCGAACCAUCCUCUGCUUGGUUCGGCCUUAUCCGCGCCAAAGAGAAAAAGGGGCAGACCGAGGAAGCUGAGCGGUUCUUCCGAUACACCGAUCGGCGAGAUCACGGGCCAGGAGCUGCAGUCCUGUUCGGGGACCGAUCUCGUACAAGGUUCGCCAGAAAUGAUGGAAAUGAAGAUGAGUAUCGACUUUCAGAGCGAAAGCACCGGUAAUAAUGGUAGAGGCGGAAACUCCAGUACUGCUUCGGCAAGUAAUAACAACGUGAACAGCAAUAACGUCGGGAACUCGGCAUCAUCGGGAACCAGUCUGGCUGCUUCCUCUUUGUCGUCGACGAGAAAAGACGAGCCAACGGAAAAUGGUACUGACACACCCGAAUCACUAACAUCUCGCGUUAAACGGGAACCUGAACCGACGCCUAGCACCUCUGCCCAAGCCUCCGAUGAGACGUUCGCGCGGCCACACAGUAGGCAAGGGAACGAAGGUUUCAAGCAAGAGCCGGAGGAGACGUCGAGUGGCGGUGGCUCGCAGUCACCGACUCAUAUACGCAUCAACUUCGAGCGAUGCUUUCGUAAGGAGUACAGCACGUCGUCUCUUCAAGGAAAAACAUCGUCAACGGCAAUUAUGGCGUCCAUGGAUGACUCGCAGCAAUAUUCCGAUUCCGAAUCGGAGCAAAAGGUGUCGAAAGACAAUUUGAGCAGUGCCAUAUUUAAUCUGGUCGCCGGUGAAUCGGAGAUCAGUCAAAGCGACUUCGAAGGAUCGUUUAAGGUCGAAAACGAGAGAACGGAAGGUUCGGUACGGGACUUCUGCGUGAAAGAGGGCGACGUAUACAGGUGCACCGUAUGCAAUCGUACCUACACACACAUCAGCAAUUUCUGCCGGCACUACGUCACCUCACACAAGCGUAACGUCAAGUACUUUGCUUGUCCGGUUUGUUAUAAGGAAUUCACGCGGAAAGAUAACAUGGUCGCCCACGUUAAGAUCAUACAUAGCCUUAAGUCGCAGACGGCUCUUAGCAGCAGUGGCAGCAGUAGUAUGGGUCAGCAGCGGUAGACCGCUGUCGGUGCGUCCUCUCUUCUCAGGCUACGUUCCUUGGCUCUUUCCCUUCGUUCUGCCUCUUGAGAAAGAAUACAAAUUACCGUUACGAUGCUUCUCCUACGUUUCUGGAGGCGCUCUUAACGGCCAAGUAUCACUUCGCGUCGUGCAAUCGUCGAUAAAUCGUUGAACAAAUCGUUGAUCGAUUUCUUCGUCGUCGUGGUAAGGGUCAGGGGACGUUACGCAAAGAAGAGGCAGCAAAUGAAGAAAAUCGCGUGAAAAGCUCAAGAGCGAUACGAGCGUACGUGUCAGUGGCUUUCCGGAUAUACCCAUAGCUGUAAAAGAAAGAAAAGAAAAGAAAAGGUCGCAGUGUUUCGGACGGAUAAAGAGAGAACGAGUAGUCGCGUUAGAUUAGUCUCGUAGUUGAUAAAAUACAAUCGAGGAUUGGUUUUUGGAGACAACGCUAGUAGGACGAAUCAAGAAAGGACAAUAUCAGACACGGGGGUAAACAGAUAGUCAAUCGAAUAUACAAAUUUUAAACAUCUGAUGAUCAUCGUCAUUGAUACGUAGAUAGUUAUACAUCUGUUCCCUUUAUACAAUUAACGAACGUUUGAUAAACAACAAACAGGCAGAACAAAGAGCUAAAUCCGAAGACGUUGUUUCCGCGAAUAUGGGGAAAUUGAAUCGUAGACCAUGUGUCUGCUGCAGCUCAAAACAGUUUCUCCUUUUUCAAUGGGUCAACGUGAAACGAAAGAAACUGGACUUUUAACAAACGGAUAUACGAUAUUAAUCAUAGCAGCUAGUAAAGUCAAAUACAGUCGAACGGAGUACCUUUUAUGUCCGGUUACUUUAUUAAACGUGAUAUAAUUCGUGCUAUAUCGGAUCCUAUAGCUACUGGUUUUCUCUUGAUUCGUUCGAAAGUUCGCUCUUUCGGACAAAAUUGGCGGGUGUAUCCCAGCCUAUUUCGUAAACCGAAAGCUCCCUUUCUCGAAAAAUGAUUUUCGUGCGCGUAACACGAAACGGGCAUUAAGUUACAAACGAAACGAGCUUUACCGCGUUGCUUCCCUUCGAGGGAAUCGCGGAUGUUAUACAAAUAUAGAGAAAAAAGGAAGAAGGAACAUAAGAAAGAGAGAUAUGCGCAUACAAAGAGUUUAUAUAUGAUUGAACCGGUGUACUCGUUUGGUCGUCUUAACGUAGUUGUACGACAACGAGGAUCAGUUAUGAAACAAAGAGGAGAAGGUAAGCAAGAUAAUCGCAAAAGAAACGUGAGUCCAAAUCAACAAAGAGUAUAUUUACUAUUGUGUGACUAUUAUAUUACGGAGAGAAUCAAACGUGUUGCAUGUAGCAUCGAAAAUAUGCAUACGUUUAUUGAAAUAAAACGGCGGUACAUGCACACACAAUAUAAAUAAGGGAACCACGUAGACUGAGUAAAUGCAAUAUAUAUGUACGAUGACCGUUCGCCAUGUUGUUGAGCCGUUGAGCUGUUGUCAAGCUGUCGAGCCUGAUUCGAAGUUAUAUAGUAGCGUAAUAGGGAGCCAAGGUGGAAAGAAGUCCGCGGUUAGGGCAGGGAAGGAUGGAGAUAGUUAAUGGGGAAAUUAACGGAACGGGACAUGCAAUUCUUGAAAGACUGCAGAGGGACGGUUUUAACGACACCAAAUACAAGAUAGUACUGACAUUGGAUAGACUGAAGGCACUUUAGUAGUAACUUAACGCCAUAUCGUACUGUACCGUACUCUAUUGAACAAAACAUUUGUGCUUAGCCAGUACAACUGGACACAGUUUUACUACUAUAUAUUCUAUAUAUUCUGUAUAUUAUAUAUAUUAUAUUAGAAAACAUGGAUUUUAUCGUUACCCAAAAAAUGAUACGUUCGUUUAUUUCCUGUUUAACUUGAAAUGAAUUGUGGGUAAAAUAUCUAUCUAUAUAUAUAUAUUGUUCCCAAGAGCAAAAAUAUGCGAUUAAAACGACUAUUAAAUUUGUUACAUAAAUUCAUAAUCAACUAAAGCUAAUCGUUAUAUUGUAGAUUCUCUUUUUGUAAAUAUUAAAUUCUAAAUAACGUGAGACAAGGAUGUGUGUGUGUCCAGGGUCAUAGAAAUUAUCGUUGUUAAAAAUAUAUCCUUGUCUUACUUGUUACGAGUUUUACGCAGUUUAUCUGAAGCAUAAUUUUAUGUAUAAUUUAAUUCAGAAAGAUCAUGCUUAGAAAAGAAAAAAAGGAUACAGAGUUCUUUGUGAGUUCUUUUAGUCUUAAAGACUAUAGCGUGCACGCGCAAACGGUCGAGUCGAUUAUCGAUUACUGUUCAAAAGGGAUACGGCUACAGUGAUGGUACAUAGGCUUAGUCGUGAGAGACAGCACUAAAAUACGAUUGUAGCUUACUAUAUUUUGCACUUUACACUUUGUCGAAUCCUCUCUAGUCGGACCUUCGUUCAUAGAUCCAUUGUUAUGAUUAUGAACGACACGCAUGAAUCGGAGAGGAAGCGAAACGAUUUAUAUACAAAUUUUUUCACUAGUUGGGCAUAGACAUUAGACGACUAGAGGCUAUAUAAUAAUAAUUAUAAAUAUUAUUACUGCUACUAUUAAUUAAUUAUAAUCGUAACGGAGACCUUCGUUGUUAUUUUAAAUGCGUGGGAUUUCAAGGUGAAAAGAAAAAUGUAAGAAGAAGAAACAGGACACGACAUGAUUUAUACGAUCUUGUGUCCGAUAUCGCCCACGAUUGACCAGUGUUGUUCGUUCGUUAUUCAAGAGAUAUCUAGCGUUGCAAAGAUAAAAAAUUUUAGUUGUAAGAAAUACGGAGCGAUCGGAAGAUCGAUCGCCUCCGGAUGCAAUUACGCGUACUUUUAGGAAGAUAGAAUGAUAUAUUAUUAGUUAGGCAGGCAGCAAUGAUUAGACGAGUAGGUAAAGUAAAGCUAAAAAAAAAAAAUAAUAAGAAACGAUAGAAAGAGAAACAAACUAAAAGCAUAUACGGACGUUUUAAUAUUUCUGAUCGUAAUGGACCGUGCCGCUGACUCGCAAAAUCGAUAUGCUCUCAGGUCAAUUAUCUUCAAAAUUUUUAACUUUCAUGGACCAAAGAGUAUCCACCAUUCCGCGUCGGUGGAUUAUUUUCGGCGGGGAGAAAAGAUGUGUGUGUGUGUGUAUUCUUUUGUUUUAGUUUAUCCUACUUUAGCUUGUGUUUUUCUUUUUGUUUGACGUAAAGGAAGAAAAUUAUAGGGACGAGAGACAGUUGCAGGCCGGUCUUGGUGAAAUUGUUGUGUUCGCGAUGGGUUAACGCAAAGCCCGUCCAAAAAAAAAAAAAAAAGAAAAAAAACGAAGAGGAAGAAAAUAUGAAAACAAAUUGAGGAAAGAGGGUAUAAACUGAUAGUUGAAUAUAAAUAUAUAUUAAACAAAAAUAAGUGCAAAGAGGCAGCGGCUAAAACAGCUUAUAUCGAUUUAAAAUGGAAAAAAAAAAUAAUAAUUAAAGUAAUACACUCACAUUUGAUAAUCACUGAGAGGCUAAGACUAACUCAAUUUUAGAUGGCAGGUAAAGAGAAGGAUUUAUAGAAACGGAAUAAAGCGUGUCGAUAUGAAAUGGAAAGUACAGUGUAACAGAGCUCUCGGAUCGCCUAAAGUAAAAUCAAUUGCCAAAUUGUAACGAACGACAAUUCAAUCAUUUCGAUCAUUUCUCAUUUUUUUAACAAUAGAGCAGGAAAAUAGAUCCACAUGCUUGUUUCUUUUGAACGGGGGGCUUUCCGUGAUAGCUCGUUUGGGAAAUCCAAUUUUAUUCGUCCGUACGAAAAGGAGCGUUAGUUUACCCUAGUCGACUUUAGCGUGAGAAAUCGCUUGGAAGACGUGAAACUCUUGGUGAUCCUUGUUGACCACAUGUUUGUUUUUUGUUUUCAUUUUAUUUCUCGCAUAAUAUAUUAUUCUGUUAAAUAUUUUAUUUUUCGUCGUCGUCGUCGUCGUCGUCGUCAUUAUACAAGAAAACAAAGAUCCGCAAAUGUUUCUAUCCACCGUUAAAGUUUAGAAAGACAGUUGCAGAGCAUUUGGCAAAGAAGCAAAAAAAAAAAAAAAAAGAAAAGAACAUUUGUAACGACGCGUAUGCGAAUCAAGUUGUUAUCUCUGCUUACAUCGAAUUCCUUAAUGGUAUCUUAAGGCUCGUGAUCAGGGUAAACUGAUACCUAAUAAAAUUGUUGAAAUUUAGCAACUGAUCUUGAAGCUUGCUACGAAAAUUUAUCGUACAACAUUCGCUCACGUUCGUUGCCUUUAAAUGUUGUUAAUCUUUAGAAUUAAGGUUGUAAAAAAGAGGAAAUUCAUGUUGCCAAUCAGUAAAACUUAAUAGAAGUUUGCGAGGGGUGAUUUUAAGGAUUAAGGAUUAUAAUGAUACGAAAUCCUUAUAUUCGUACAAAAUUAGUGUUCAAGCUGUAAAAAGUGUUCAUAGCGGAAGAAAUAAACACUUUGAAGUGUUACGAGGAAUUGUUUGUAAGGGGGUACCUUGUACUUGUACUACGCAUUACAUAAAAAAUGAUUAAAAAUUAAUUUCAACUAACGUUGUAGUAAAAAGAGAAAAAGGAAGAAUCGGCCGAGUUAAAAUUUUCUACGAAAAUCUGCAACUGUUCUGCCUUCGUUUAAGUGAAUCUUAUUGGAAGCAGAAGCGAAUUUCUCACGCCAAUCGCGGUUAGGAUCACAGAGGUCUCGUUGAUGAAUUUCGUGUUGAACAUAUUUUAAUUAAUUUAUAAGUCUACGGACAUUGCGGGUGGGUUACGGGGGAAAGAAUAUGAAAAACAAGAAAAAUUUUACAUAGAUUAUAUUAUAUUUAUAUAUGGUUCUUGCAAUGGCGACACGCCAAUAAUGAUCGUUUUUUUUUAUUCGUCCCUUAUUUCGAAAGCGGACCACCAGUCAAUACCGAUUAUUCUAAGUUUCUUUUUCACGUGUUAUCGGCAUCAGUCGCUCUUGCAAGAAACCAACGCGAAAGAGUAACAGAGAGGAAGAAAGAGAGAGAGAGAGAGAGAGAGAGAAAGAGAGAGAGGUAAAUUACGAGGCUUAAAAAGCAGACUGUACUAUCGGAUAGAUUUUAAUAUAUAUAUAUUAAAUAUAAAUAUAUAUAUAUACAUAAACAUAUAUAUAUAUAUAUUAAAAAAGAAAAGAAUCAUAGUUUAUUAUCGCAAAUAAAUUACACGCAUAUGUACACAAACACGUAUACAGAGAGAAAUACAUAUACAAAGUAUGCGACUGGCGUAAAGAUGGUACAUAUAUGUAUAUAUAUAUACAUAUAUAUAUACACAUAUUAUUAUUAUUAUUGCGAUUAUUAUUAUUAUUAAUAUUAUUACGAUUAUUAUCAUUAUUAUUAUUAUUAUUAAUAUAUUAUAUAUAUUUAUAUAUAUAUAUAUUUAUAUAUAUAUUUAUAUAUAUAUAUAUAUAUAAACAAAAGUUAUAUCGAAUAUAUUUUAGCGCUAGUUGAUAAUACCUAUUAACGUCGUUGCAGUUUUUGAAAUGAUGCGUCAGAAAAUGAGAGUAAAAAAAAAAGAAAGGAGCAAAGGAGAUACGUGGUUGACUUCUAACUUUAUAUAUUAUACGUUGAAUUAACGUACUUCAGUGGGAUCCAAUAAUAUGUAGCGGUGUAAUCCCCGAUUUGGUGCCUUUUUAAGCGACAUAAAUAAUGACGAUGAAGAAAAGAAAAGUAAAAAAAUGAAGUAAUAAUAAUAAAUUGUUAUCGACGCCCGCGAUCUUAGGCGCGCGCGUGCGCGUGUGUGUAUAUCCCUUUUUUUAAAAAGCGCGCCCGAUGAUCGCAAUCUAGUGCCAAAUAAGUGAGACCUUGUCGUGAAAUGAGCGUAAAAGAGUAAUAAAGGGAAAAUAAAAAAAAAAAAAAAAUAAAGAAACAAGAAAAAAUUUUAUAGGGAACUUUUUAGAGAAGACGAGUCUUUUCUGACGCUGGGUAGACUUAGUAUAUUUUAUAUGCACUGAUUGUUUGAUUAUGACUAUCGAUAAUAAAAAGAACGGUGUUCAAUAGAUUGUAAUUGAAGGAUUUUUAAGUCUCGUUGUACCGACUUUUGUCUCAUACAUUCACGUCUCCGUUGUUGCGCGCGCAAUGCAUACUCACGUUUUAGAAGCACUUAUAAUCGUGCGUGCCUGGUCGAUUUUACGAGAUCCGCUGAUAGAAAUCUGAACGGAUAGCUUUUACUUAAGGAUCAAUGAAAAACCGAAAACGUAACAUUAGCGUUACAACGUCGUAUUAUAAAUUGAAAUCGACGUCGUAUUGAAAUCUACAAAAUAAAUAUCAUUCGAAAAGAAUAUUUAGCGCGCAUCUCGAAAAAUCGUUUAGUGUAUCCAACGUACAAACUAGCGCAUCGAAGGAAACAAUAAGACACUGUGUUAAAUGAAUGAACAAGGAAAGAAAGUUGUUUAUUGUCCAACAGUUUUUUUUUUUUUUUUUUUUUUUUGAAAGUUAGCGACUCUUAUUGUUUAAACUUCUUUGAAAAUCGAUCAUAUUGUUUCUCCUUGUGAUAACAUGUGCGUAGAAACCCGAUAUUUUAUCUUUAUCAGCGCGUAAGUCAAGCGAGUUUCUUGUAUGAAGCUUCAUCCAUUAACUGCAAUAACACCUUUAGUAAAUUUCAGCUGUUAUGUCACUUUUAAUUUUAUGUUAUACAUUUACCAAUAUUGUUUUCUUCCGUCACAACAUUUUACAAAGAAAUCGACGUUCUGCGUCGUAUUUCCUUAUUUUCUUUAAUGCUUUCCACGCGUUACGAUAAAAAAAGAACGGGGAAAAAGAAGUGGUUGAAAAACUAGCGAAUAAGCGAAAUAUUUUGUUACCAAUGGUUUAUUCCGAAACGGAAAAAAAAGGAAACAAUGAUCGAAGAGAUUGUCGUGCGAAUUGUGUGUUGUAAUGGAAAUCGACCAUAAAUUAAUGAGCUGGAUCGUCUGUCUAGUAUAUGUAUACGUAUAUAUACAUGCUUGUCAAGGAAAGUAGCAGACUAAUUGAAAUUCGAAAAAGAAGGUAAUUACUAUAACGAUUAACAGCGCAAUGCUACACACAGUAGAACUUUAUUUUACUUCCUUUCGUUACGUUUUUCGUUGUUUUUCCGUUAUGAUAUGCGUUAUUAUUGUCGCACGUAUGUGGAACGUGAGUGUAAGUAGGCUCAGAGACUCGUGAUCAUUCAUUAAUCGUUUACAUACAAAUCUCUACUGUCCCGUGUAGUUGAAGGAUAUUUUCAAAGCGACGCAUCAUCAUCAAAGUGCCAUAAUUUAUUUCAAAACGAAGGAUUUGUCACACGCGAUUAAUUCACCACGAGUUGUCUACAACCGUUCUCUGUCUUCUUCUUUUUCUUGUCUUUUUUGGAACGAAAAUUUUCUCUUUCUUCGUUUGUUUAUAUUUUUUUGUUUUUUUUUUUUUUUCUGAUUAUCCUUUAUUUCUAAUCUUGUUACUACGUUCCACAGCCGUGUUCUUACGUAGAGAUUUCUCGUUAGUCACUUGAAACAGAAAUCAUAUCGCCCCUUUGUAUAUCUCGAUAUGUCCACACAUACACCAAAUUCAAGAAUUCCCGCACUCACUACGAAGCACCGUUACUCUUAGCCAAAAAUUACUUUUAUUUAGUUUCGUUUUAGUGAUUGUGGAUGCAUCUGGUUGGUCGAUAGCGAUCGUUGUCUCGCCGUCGACGAUUCUCCAUCAAAAGACACGCUGCCAAUGAAAUCCUUGAAAUGGCUCUCGUUAACUAAUCACCAUUCAAUUUUUUAUAGAAUCGUCAACAUAAUCGGCGAGAAACGAUUGUCAGAACCGAUCGGACGAUCUUUAGAUAUUAAGAUUCCUACGUUGUGUGUGGCUUACUUGAGUAAAAGCGAACGUUUCUUAUUUGAAAAUAAUAGAAAUUCGAUUUGUUCGCACGUUCGAAUAUAGAGCAGUCAUCAGUGUUGAAAAUAAAACGAGAAAACAAUCGACGUUCCAACUGCUUGAGAAGCCAAUCACGAUAGGAAAUCAGCGAUUAUUAUUUUUUAUGGACUUUUGUUUUGCAUGUUGCGUACGCGUAUUGUUGAUUUAUUAUUUUUACUGUCCGGACAAUGAAGCAAAGUGAAACAUUUGGAGAACAAGAAAAAAAGAUAAAUAUAUAUAUGUACAUGGUU